GAGACAGGCAGAGAGAGAAAAAUAGCGUCAGAUCUCUCUCAAGGCGUUUAAUUGCAGAGAUCUUUUGCGUUUCUCAAUAUAAAUGAAAGAACCCUGCAUCUCAUUUUUAUCCGAUUCAAUCGCUUUAGCUUUAUUAUUCCCUCUAGCCCUCUCCCUGUGAUCGAUCAAAACAAACAAAACUUGUUUUUCCGUUAUCCUCUUCCAACAAACAAAGCAUAAUAAGAUAGGCUGUAUUCCUCUCUCACUCUUGUUGUAAACAUGGGCACUGGUUGGAGAAGAGCUUUCUGCACCCGCGACCCUGCCUCUACCAUAUCAGAUAAGCAGCCCGGAAGCCCAAGCCCAAGCCCCAGCCCAAGAAGCUGCGCCCGAUUGGGCUUUCUCUCCGGAGGUAGCAACCCCUCCACUCCACGCUUGCGUUGCACGACCACCGUGGAAACUGCUUCUCAAACAGUAAACGAAAGCCCCAGAGUUCAAAGCAAAACCACCCCUAGAGCAGCCAAGUCCCCCAAAACACACUCGGUUUCAAAUCCAACUUCUCCGCGCUCCCCUCUCAAGCUCUCCCUCUUCAAGAACAGCUUCAAAUUCAGGAGUAGCUGUGGAAUUUGCUUGAGCAGCGUGAAGACGGGACAGGGUACGGCGAUUUACACUGCGGAAUGCGGUCACGCGUUUCAUUUCCCGUGUAUCGCAGCGCAUGUACGCAAACACGGUAGCCUCGUGUGUCCCGUGUGCAACGCCACGUGGAAAGACGUGCCUCUACUCGCGCCUCACAAGAACCUCGCGCCACAAUCCGCCACGCAAAACGACGUCGCUCAGAGAACCCUCAAUGCAAGCGACAAAAAGCCAUCAGAAAACUCCUCCACCAACACCCACGUGGAGCCACCCAAGCACUCCGAUUCGCUCAGGUCCUACCACGACGACGAGCCUCUCCUCUCUCCCGCCUCCGCCGCCCGGAUUAUUCCCAUUCCCGAAGCCGACGAGAAUGCCGAAGACGACGACGACGACGACGAAGACGCCGGCGAGUUUCAAGGCUUCUUCGUCCAUCCCAAGAACUCAUCCUCAUCAAAGUCCUACUCCGAUUCCUUCCAAAGCAGCGACGGUGACUCCAGAACGGUCCAGGUGAAACUCAUGCCAGAGUGCGCAAUCAUAUCAGCCUCCCGAACUCACGAGACCUACGCUCUGGUCUUAAAAGUGAAGGCUCCACCGCCGCCGCCUCCAAAUAGAAACAGCGGGGCUCCGUCGCAGCGCGCGCCGAUAGAUCUGGUGACCGUUCUGGACGUGGGAGGAAGCAUGAGCGGCGCGAAGCUCCAUAUGCUAAAGCGCGCGAUGCGUUUGGUUAUCUCAUCGCUUGGCCCCGCUGACAGGCUCUCCAUAGUGGCUUUCUCCGCCAGCUCGAAACGCCUCUUACCGUUGCGAAGAAUGACGGCUCAAGGGCAGCGCGUGGCUCGGCGCAUCGUCGACCGGCUCGUCAUCGGUCAAGGCUCCAGCGUAGGGGACGCGCUGAGGAAAGCCACCAGAGUGUUGGAGGAUCGUAGAGAGAGAAACCCGGUGGCCAGCGUUAUGCUGUUAUCCGACGGCCAGGAAGAGAGGGUUCAAAAUCAGAGAGGUAAUAAUAAUAAUAAUCAACGGAAGGCGUGGAGCCACGUGUCCUCAACCCGGUUCGCGCAUAUCGAGAUUCCGGUUCACGCGUUUGGGUUGGGGGCGAAAAGCGGUUACAGUGAGGAAGCGGGGGGGGAUGAGGAUGCAUUUGCCAAGUGUGUAGGUGGGGUUUUGAGCGUGGUGGUGCAGGAUUUGAGGAUUCAGGUGGAGUUGGAGUCUGAGACGGUGGAGAUGAGCGCGAUUUACUCGUGCAGUGGAAGGCCCACGCUGAUGAGUUCAGGCGCCGAUUUAGGAUUUAGGAGGGAAACUAAAAAAAUAUACGUGCGUCUUGGCGAUUUGUACGCGGAGGAAGAGAGGGAGCUCCUAGUGGAGUUGAGAGUGAGAGUUCCGGCGUCGGGAAGUGGGAGUGGAAGCCAUCACGUGAUGACGGUACGGUGCCUGUAUAAGGACCCUGCCAGUCAGGAGAUUGUAUACGGUAGGGAACAGGGACUUGUGGUGCCGCCGCCGCAGAGCGUGCGUUGUUCCGGUACUAGAAUUCAGAGGCUCAGGAAUCUGUUCAUAACAAGCCGAGCCAUCGCCGAGUCUAGGAGGCUCGUGGAUCAUAACGCUGACUUCAGCAGCGCUCAUCAUUUGCUUGCCUCGGCGCGUGCGCUUCUCAUGCAGAAUAGUUCUGCUUCGGCUGAGGAAUACAUUCGCGGCCUGGAGGCUGAGCUGGCAGAGCUUCAUUGGCGGAGACAGCAUGAGCAGCGGAGAAGAGAGGUGACGCUGGUGGAUGAGAAUGGCGAGCCGCUUACGCCGACGUCGGCUUGGAGACCCGCCGAGAAGCUGGCUAAGAUGGCAAUGAUGAAGAAGUCUUUGAAUAGAGUCAGCGACUUGCACGGCUUCGAAAACGCUAGGUUUUAAUUAUUAUUAUAAAAUGUAGAGAUGUAAUAGUGAGAGAGAGAAGAAAACAAAUGGGGAUGGGGCAUGAUAGAGGAAGGGAAUGGGGACAAGGUGGUAGCAGACGGCGCGGCCCUUUCUGCAUUGGAAGAUGACUACAGAGAAAGGAGUUAUAGAAUGGGGUAUGCCCCACCCUAAUUUCGUUGGUCCCUUCCUCGAUCAUGUCUUUUUGUCUUGUGCCUUUUACAUACGCUCUUGUUUUUCAAUUUUAAUCAUUUGCUUUUCAAGAUCAGAGCCCAGAACACUCCACUUGGACUGCUCCAUCUUCAUCAUAUCAAACCCUACAAACUUGUACAUGCCAUUCUAGUAGUAAUUUAUAAAGCCUCUCUUUUUCUCUUUA